AGCACAGAAUGCCAGACUCCCUGAGGACUGACGGUGCUGCCUGCGUCCGGUGCUUGACAUUUGUUUACAUUUAAGUCAUUACAAAGGCUGAUCGCUUAUAAACCCGCUAAAUAUAAAGAGUGCUUAGUAUCCAGAAGAUCCUGAGAGUGCAUCUUUUAUAUUAUCUGGACUCUCCUUAAACUGUUUUUUAGCCUGUUUCAUUGUCAGAUGAUCAGCCGCUGAGCACAACCAGAUCAUGGACAAACCAGCGAACACGUCUCCCGGUACCGGGCCGCAGGAGGCCUCACUACCGUUCUUCGAUGCCGCUCACGCCCUGCACCUGCUGCGCGGCAUUAACGAGCUCCGCACCGAGCAGAAAUUCUUCGACAUGACGGUGAGCGCCGGCGGCCACGACUUCCAGUGUCACCGCACCGUGUUGGCCGCGGCCAGCAACUACUUCCGAGCCAUGUUUGCCGGACGAUUACGGGAGAGCCAGGCCGAGCGAGUGCUCCUGCACGACGUCACCGGCCCUAUCCUGGCCCUGCUGCUGGAUUUCUGCUACACCGGGCGGGUGACUGUCACCCAGGAGAACGUGGAGCUGCUGCUGCAGGCCGCCGACCUCUUCCAGUUCCCCUCAGUGAAGGAGGCCUGCUGUGCCUACCUGGAGCAGCAGCUCGAUGUCAGCAACUGCCUGGAGAUCCAGGACUUUGCCGAGGCCUACGCCUGCCGGGGCCUAGCGGAGAGCACCAAGCGCUUCAUCCUGGCCCACAUGGUGCAGCUGACCCAGGCCCACGAGGUGGAGCGGCUGCCGUGGAAGCGUAUGCUGGAGUACAUUAGCGAUGACCGGCUGUGCGUGGACAAGGAGGAGACGGCCUAUCAGAUCGUGCUGUGCUGGGUCAGAGCCGACCUCAAGCACCGGCAGCACUUCUGGCCCGAGCUCUUCCAGCACGUCCGCCUGCCCUUUGUCCGCCGCUUCUACUUGCUGGCGCAUGUGGAGAGCGACCCUUUGGUUUACUACAGCCCAGCCUGCCUCAAACUCAUCGGGGAGGCCAGGCAGUUCCAGUCCUGCGAGUACGACCGGCAUGACCUGCCCUGCGAGAGAAUGAGGCCGCGACCCUCCACGGGUCUGGCUGAGAUCCUGGUGGUCAUUGGAGGCUGUGACCAGGACUGUGACGAGCUGGUCACCGUGGACUGUUACAACCCGCUCACCGGGCAGUGGAGGUAUCUGGCCGAGUUUCCAGAUCACUUGGGUGGCGGAUACAGCAUCGCUGCUCUGGGCAAUGACAUGUAUGUGACAGGAGGAUCAGAUGGCUCGAGGCUUUAUGACUGCGUAUGGCGAUACAAUUCUAGUGUAAAUGAAUGGACGGAGGUGUCGCCAAUGCUGAGAGCACGAGAAUACCACAGCUCCACAGUACUUAAAGGGAUGCUGUAUGUUAUUGGCUCGGACAGCACAGAACGUUACGAUCAUAGUUUAGAUUCAUGGGAAGCACUAAGGCCAAUGCUCUACCCAAUGGAUAACUGUUCUACAACUUCCUGCAGGGGAAAGCUAUAUGCUAUUGGUUCAUUAGAAGGCAAAGAAACCAUGGUAAUGCAAUGCUAUGACCCUGACACUGACCUGUGGUCCUUGGUGAACUGUGGACGGAUGCCGCCGUGGUCUUUUGCACCAAAAACUGUGACUCUGAACGGUCUUAUUUAUUUUGUCAGAGACGACUCUGCAGAAGUUGAUGUAUACAGCCCUUCGAAGAAUGAAUGGGACAAAAUACCGCCAAUGAAACAGGUUCACGUUGAGGAAGCCUUGCAGCUCUGGGGAGAAAAGCUUUAUGUGUCCGGCGGUUACGACAAUACGUUUGAAUUAUCAGAUGUUGUGGAAGCCUAUGACCCUGGAGCAAGGACAUGGUGCAUUAUGGGACAUCUCCCUCAGCCAACAUUCUGGCAUGGCAGCGUUAGCAUAUUUAGACAGUUUAUGCCUAACAGUCAGUACAGUUUUGAGGGUAUUACGCUAGACAAUGUCAAUAUGAAAGAAAUACGAACAAUCUCAACAGACGAAGACAGACCUUACACAAUCAUAACCCUUAAUGAGUUACACAGGCGAUAAAAUAUAUAUAUAGUUUUACAAACUCAAGUUAAAGAAA